AUCCAAAACGUGGUUUUGCCACCUCGAAGACGAAAAAGGGUUUUACAGGAUGAGGGGCUCACUAUCUGCCUGCGCAUCCAUCUCACUGGUUUUGCAGCCUAGAUUCUAAGAAGAGCCAGAUCCACAAAUGUUUUCUUCGUUCGAUUCAGCUUUGAAGCCUUUUUGCCUCUUCAGAAUCGGGGUGGGCUUGAAGGGACCAGCUUGCAGAUUAAGAGGUCGAGAAAUGGAUUGGGAAAGACUCUGUUUUGCAAGUUCAUAUCCUAUCAUCCUGUUCUCGCCUAUGAAGUCUUUUAGUGACCCAUGUGCUCAGAUUUUCCAAAAUAGCGUUGGCGUGCUAUAA